UGACAAUUAUAAUAUAAUAAAUACAUUUGGACUUGAACCUUCUGACAUGGAGCCUACUAAUCAGAAUACUUUGUCUUUCAUGGAACACAGUUCUAAAAAACAAGAUUUGACAAUUCAAUCGGUUAAUGCAAUUGUGAAUCCAGAAACUAAAAACGAUGACACUGAUUUACCAAAGUAUGACAAAUCAAACAUAUCAGAUGCUUGCAUCAAACCUUUAAUUAUGAAGCAAGAAAGUAUAUUGUACAAUGAGAUGGAAUGCAAGCAAGAUGUUAAAACUGAUUUUGAUGAAAAUAUUUGUAAAAAGUGUCAGAAGAAAUUCAAGGUCAUACACUACUUGAGGCGACAUGAGCUUACCUGUGGAAUGACCUUUCACUAUAACUGUUUGUUUUGUGCCAAAACUUCAUUGUUGAGCCACACUAUCAAGUGUCAUAUGACUAAUUGCCAUGCUGAGCAAGUGGCUGUUUAUGGAAUGAAAAAUGCUAUGAAUGCUGUUAUUAAGAGAAGAAAAGAAAAUAAAGAGAUAAAUAUGAAUGUUGUUCUAAAUAAAGAAAAUCAAGUUUUAGCAAAUAUAGAAAGUUACUUUAUUCCAAUGAAUAAUUUUGAAAAUAUAAUAAAAAAUAACAAACAUGAAGAAACUAUUUCAAAUGAUUGUAAAAUCAAGAAAGAAUUACUUGAGGAAAAUUACAAAGAAGGAGAAGAUUUUUCAAAUUUACAAAACAAUAUUGUUCAUAUCAAUAAGACCAAUAUUAAGCCAUCAAAAAAAUACGUGGAAGCAUUAUGUUCUAACUGUAAUGUAUAUUUCACGAACUUAAAAUCUGGAGUAAUGAAGUGUUGUACCCACUGCCAAAGUCCCUUGAUUUACAAAUGUGCAGUAUGUCGGAAGUGUUUUUCAAAGUAUUUAUCAAUAUGUGGUCAUGUGAAGUAUCACUCAAAGUCCAAUUUGUGCCAAAUUGUAGUAGAAGAUGAUAAAUAUUACUGUGGCUAUUGUAAUUACGAAACUAUCCAAAAAAGUCAGCUACUGCGACAUAUUUUAGAACAUGGACGAGAAAAGUCCGUAUUUAAAACGAAGCGUGAAUAUUUUAAAUAAAAGAAGUAUAAUGAGCCAUAUAAAAA